CUGACCGCUACUGCCUGCGCACAGCUGUUAAGGUUUAAGGAGACCCUUAGGCAUAUAGGGAGGGCUGACACUUCCACCUGCGGCGACUGCUAGGCCUGCCAGAGGAGAAGCCGAGAGCCGGGAAAUCCAGCCCUUCCGGGGCGCUGGGCUCGGGACAGAGGCCGAAGACGCGCCCGGAGGGAAGACCGGCAGCUGGAUCGUCCCCUGGGGCCGUACAACGGCCUGGCCCGCGCGGCUCGGGUGGACUCUGUCUGUGUGCGCGCUUUGCCCUCGCCCGCCCUCCCCGCUGCGACCCCAGCCUAGGGCCGGAGCAGAGCCCAGGCGCAGUGGGCCGGGGCGAGCAGGGCCCGCCCCGCCGCCCGCCGCCAUGGAGUCAUGGCUGCCUGGCAGCUCUGGGCCCGCAGAGGCCGGGCCUCGCCUGCGCGGCUUGCGCGGCGCCGACCUGGCGGCCUCGGCCUGCUUGCUGAGCGGGGCCGGGGCCGAAGCCGGGUGCAGCGCGCCGGCCGUGGCGGCCGUUUUGCCGGCGGGGGGGAGCGGGGAGAGGAUGGGCGUCCCCACCCCGAAGCAGUUCUGCCCCAUCCUGGAGAGGCCGCUCAUCAGCUACACCCUGCAGGCCCUGGAGAGAGUAUCUUGGAUAAAGGACAUUGUUGUGGCAGUCACCGGAGAGAACAUGGAAGCAAUGAAGUGUAUUAUUCAGAGGUACCAGCAUAAAGGCAUCUCUCUGGUUGAAUCCGGAGUGACCCGCCACAGGUCAAUUUUCAAUGGAUUAAAAGCACUGGUGGAGGAUCAGCCCAACCGUAGACUCUCAAAGCCGGAAGUAGUGAUUAUCCAUGAUGCUGUGAGACCAUUUGUUGAGGAAGAUGUCCUCCUUAAAGUUGUCACAGCUGCUAAGGAACAUGGGGCUGCAGGAGCAAUCCGACCUCUUGUAUCUACUGUCAUCAGUCCAUCUGCAGAUGGCUGCUUAGACCACUCGCUGGAACGUGUGAGACACAGGGCGAGUGAAAUGCCACAGGCCUUUCUAUUUGAUGUGAUAUAUGAAGCGUAUCAGCAGUGUAGUGACUAUGACUUGGAAUUUGGAACUGAGUGUUUGCAUUUGGCUCUAAAAUACUGUCACAUCAAAGCCAAACUUAUAGAAGGAUCUCCUGACCUCUGGAAGGUGACCUACAAACGAGAUCUGUAUGCAGCUGAAUCGAUUAUUAAGGAAAGAAUUUCACAACAAAUUUGUGUAGUUAUGGACACAAAAGAAGAUGAAGAACAUGUAGGUCAUCGUCUUGAAGAAAUGCUAAAAAAUGAAUUAAAUCAUGUAAAAGUCACAUCUGGCAGAGAUCUUCAGCAAAUCAUCUUAGAGGAAUGCUACAAUUUUGUUUGUGUGAAUGUUAUGACAUCUGAUUUUGAAGAAACCCAGAAAUUAUUGAAUAUGCUUGAAGAGAGUAAUCUUUCCAUUUUGUAUCCUGUUGUUGUUAUUUCAGUGCAAUUUCUUGAUUAUGAAUCAGUACCAUUUGGUCAGAAAAUGGAAAACCUAAUGCGGAUUAGAGAAUUUGCCAAGGAAGUGAAAAAAACAAAUAUUUUAUUAUAUGGCCUUCUCGUAUAUUACCCACAGGAUGAACGGAAGCUACAGGAAAGUUUAAGGCAAGGUGCCACCAUUAUUGCUGCCUUAAUCAAAGAAAGAAAUUCCGGACUCAUUGGUCAACUACUGGUAGCAUAAAGAACAUGGAGAAAAUUACCUACUGUGUUCUUAGAAACAUUUACCUAAGUAUCUCUUUUGUGCUUCUCUCCGAAUUGUAUAUGGUAGAAUGUUUAAGUUGUCUUUUAUGUCUUUUAUAAUUUGGAGGAUGUGAUGCUUAGGUGAACUUGAAAACUUUUUAUGCAUGUCAAAUAUAAAUUGCUUAAACCGGAAAAAAACAGAUAAGUGGAAAAUUAUAGCCUUCACAUAAAGAAUCUUUUCACAAAGGCAUGAAAGGUAUAAUAGAAAUAAUGAUGAGUCAGCUAAUUCUCCAAGGAAUGAGAAUUUAGGAAAUGUCAACUAUUAUCUCUCUGUUAAUUAGUAAAUCACACUAUAAUGAAACUAAUAAAUAAGAUUAAUGAGUAUUGUUAAUUCUAACAUUAUCCUCUCUCCAUGGGUUAUUUUGAAUUGCAUUCCAAUUUUUCACACCUUAAAAAAAAGAGGAGAUAGCAGUGAACUCUGCACUUUUGAGUAUCUGCACCAUUAGCCUCACAUUACCCUAGAUCCCUAAAGGAGAUGUAAUCUCCUGCUUUUCUAAUGUUUUAAAAUUGUAUGUUUUCCUUGGUUUAUGAAAUAUAGUUUUGACUUACAUUAUUUUAAAAGGCUUCUGAUUUUUCUGAAUAACUUUAAAAGAAGACUGGAAAGCUUCAUGAAAGUGAAGUUAUUUUGGUCAAUCUUAAGUUAGUCUUCUUCUGAAAGGAAGAGAGUCCAUUGCACAUAAAAUAAUUAAUUUUCUUUUGAUACAGAUAACUGCUGCCUUUUUAAAUCGAGUUCUUAUUCUUUCAAAUUUCCACUGGUAUAUACAUCUUAAAUAUUGAUGAUUUUUCCCUACCUUAUAUUUUACAGUUUUGUCAGUCCAGUCAUUAGAGAUGCCUUUUAUUCUAUAUAUACACUUCAUAAAAACACAUUAGAUCAGAUUAUGCCAGGGCUUAGGCUGCACGUGGGAACUAUAAAAAUUGCAUGAAAUGUUUUCGGUUAAAGAUAGACUAUGAAAUAUCUACCUUGUGCAGUCUCUUCUUAACAUGUUGGGUGAUUUUGCCUUCAUUUCUCAAGUAUCCAUAAUAGUAGGAGAGUUUAUAUUUUACAUUUAAAUAAUAGUGAGUAGAAUAUAGAGGAAAUGAAAUAAUUAUUGCAAUUCAUUCUCCUAAAUGAAAUGUGUUGUUUGAAUGAAUGUAGGCUUGGAUCUCAAUUCCUGGGCUCGCCACUUUUUCUCUUUCUCUAGGGAUGUUAAGAAAUAUAAAAUAAAUCAUUUAAUUAAAAAUCUUGAGGGUGGAAAUAUAUGGGCAGUGUGUGGAUUUUGGUUAGAAUGUCUGUCGUCAUUAAGGCAGGUUGGCUACGCUGUAAAAGGUCAUAGGUGCGCCUUUUGACAUCUUCAGGUGAAAAUGUUUUAAGAAUUUGAAAAGUGCUCAUAAAGGCAAAAGGGGAAAAGUUACGAAGAUUUUAAGGAGAAAAUGAGUGCCUUUAGGUACGUGGUGGGAAACUAGGCAAUCUCUGGCACAGGCAACAUCACUGUAUCUAUUGAGUGCUGGCUGAGUUGCCUUAGAUUUCAACAAAAGGGAAUAUUAUACCAGACAAGAAUUUAUCUUGGGACAGUUAGUAUGCCUUUACCCUAGGCAAUUGUAAACAUUUAGUGUUAUGAGAUUUAGUUAAUAAAAUAUUAAGAUGACGUCUGAAAUCAUCAUCAUCAUCAUCAUUAUGGCAUUUAAUUUUUUUCUUUAUCGUUUACAAAGUGAUUCAAGCAUUGAAAAUAAUUUAAAGAAAUCUCCUCACAUCCUUUACAGUUUAGAUGGAAAUUGAGGCUCAGGGAUCCUCACUACCUUCUCCAAAGACACAUGUCUGCCUAGUAGCAAAAGGCAGGGCUUAAACUCAGGACCACUGAGAAUGAGUUUUAAGCUCAUUUCCUCUAUAACAAUGAUUGCGGGCAAAGGACAUCCAGCAGAGAGGCCUUGGGAAAUGAGCCAGAGGCUCCGAAUGAGCGUUGGAGGAAUGGACGAGGAGGGACAGAUCAGUCCAGUGACCCGAGGAAAGUCCUGAAGCUUUUGGCUUUCCAACCAUGUUUCCAACAUACAGAAAUUGUAGCUAAGGAUAAAGGGAAUGAAGAGCAUUAUUGGCCAGGAGGGAAAGAUAAAUUAGUUGUUUUUGUUAUUUGUUAAGAGAUCCAGAGGCAACUUUACAGUUAUAUAUUCAUCUCCACUUCGGGAAACUUAAUUACUUUCAUGAUAACUGUCCAUUUUCACUUUACUUUUCAAAAUCCCUUUAAAUAUUAUAGUAAGUAUGCCUGAGGGUUGCUGAAAUUGCUUUCUACUUGUGCAAAUUUUGUGGAAAGGCUGUUUUCUUUUUAAAUGUAUGCUACUUAAUUACAUGCAAUUUAAAGUUAACCUUUUUAGGAAGUUAACACAGUGCGAUCGGUAGUUUGAUUAAUGACAUAUUGGUAAGAGGUAGUAUUUUUUUUUUCAUGAAAGUGCUCAAUUUGAGAGAUGACUUCUUGCAAAUACACUCAUCUGCAGAUAAAAGUCAGACCCCUAUAUUCUACCAAGACCUCAGACCCCUAUAUUCUACCGAGAGCCAUUCUUACUGUGGUCACUUUAAGCAUUUUGCAUUGGUUUACCAGGAAAACGCUCUUUUCCUAUGCUAGUUUACUGUACAUUUGACCCUUGAACAGCACAUGUUUGAAUUGCACUGGUCCACUUAUACGUGGGUUUUUUUCAGCAGUAGCUAGGAAGGAACCAUGGAUACAGAAGGCUGACUCUAAAUUAUGCACAGAUUUUUGACUGCUGGGAGGGUCAACGCCUCUAAUCCCUGUGUUGUUCGAGGGUCUUCUGUAAUUACACCUAUCAAAUUUUACGUUAUAUAUAUAAAUACAGUAUUCAUUUUAUAAAAAUCAAGUUGUAGUACUACAUUUUCUUAUGUUCAAUAUGUAAAUUUUACUUCCUUUUAAUGUUGAAACUCACUAUAUCAAGGAAACAAAUGAUAAUAUUUUAAUUAAAAUGUGAAGAAAGCCGUUUGAGAUAAGAAAGAGUGAAAUUGUUUUAAAAGCUUAAUUCAAAAAUAAACAAUAAAUGAAAAAUA